UCGAUAGCCCUAGAGGAUAUAGCGAGCGACGAAGGCAGGAACUCUCCUUUAGGCUUAGGGUUUUAUUUUCCUUCACUUCUCUUGCCUCCGCCUCUUCUUCGUUGCCGCGGAACUCUCAUCGUUUACCGCCAUGGCUGAGCAGACUGAGAAGGCGUUCCUUAAGCAACCCAAGGUCUUUCUAAGCUCAAAAAAAUCUGGCAAGGGGAAAGGACCAGGAAAAGGUGGCAAUCGAUUUUGGAAGAACAUAGGGCUGAAAAUAAAGACUCCAAGGGAGGCUAUUGAAGGAACAUACAUCGACAAGAAAUGUCCCUUUACUGGUGGUGUCUCCAUCAGGGGCCGUAUAUUGCAGGGAACUGUCUACAAGGCUAAGAUGAUGAGGACCAUCAUUGUCCGGCGGGAUUCUCUUCAUUAUGUUAAGAAAUACCAAAGAUUUGAGAAGCGUCACUCAAACACUCCUGCCCAUGUAUCUCCGUGUUUCCGUGUGAAGGAGGGGGAUCAUGUCACCAUUGGUCAGUGCAGACCAUUGUCAAAGACGGUUAGAUUCAAUGUGCUGAAAGUCACUCCUGCUGGUUCCACUGGUGGAGGCAAGAAAGCUUUCACGGGCAUGUGAAUUUUCAGUUCCUCGUGUGCAUUUAGCACCAUCUUAGCUGGUGGUUAUCGCUUCCGAUAGGUGGUUAUCAGUUUGAUGGUUUAGAUGCACAGAAUCUUGUAGUUCAUGGGAUUAUUACCUUUAUUGAUUUUCCACCUACUGUUAGCAGCUCACACUUUCUUGGAGUAUUUGUUAUGCGGUGUCAUGUUGAACAAGCUAGUUGGAAUGAAAAAUUUUGGUUGGUUCGGAGCUUUUCGUUUGGAA